GAGCUCCGGCUUCCCAGCUGUGCGGGGAGCGCCCUGCAUUAACCCCGCUCUGCCGACCGCUGAGCCGGAGCCUGCAGGCUGCAGAAUCAGGUCCGGAUUGUCCCUGGCUCCCUGGGGGGCUGGGAAGGGAAAUGGCUGCUGUGGAACCAGCUCAGCAGGACCAGGUGCAACAGGAGACCCCAGCGGCUGGGAUGUGGGGAGAACCCCGUGCCCUGGGGGAAGGGCGUUGUGGGAUCCCGGUCCAGCAUCCCAAGGAGGAGAGCGAGGCUGAGGAGCAGAGCCCUGGCUGGCCCUUAUCCCCGCGGACGCCGUCCCGGUCCUUGCUGGGAUGCUCGGAGGGGGAAGAUUGUCCAUUGAGGACGGCGCAGACGCCUCCCCGGUCUCGGAAAGCGGCAGAAACGGCAGGCCUUGAGCAGGCGGUGCCGUCCCGUGAGUGGCCUCAUGGGCACCAGGUUCCUUCGUUCCCCAGGGAGGCACCUGAGGCCUGCGUCUCCCUGGGGACAGGCCCCACUAGGGGCCGUGCCGAGGGCAAGGCUGCCGUUUCAGAGCAGGCCAGCGAGGAAGCCCAUCGGUUGCAGUUCCGCUCAGGCGCUGCCCGGCCCGGAGAAGCUCCCCGAGAGACGCUAGCCCGGCUCAGCCGGGCUGCUCGGCUCUGGCUGCGGCCCGGGGAGCGCACCAAGGAGCAGAUAGUGGACGUCGUCGUGCGGGAGCGGUUCCUGGGGGCACUGCGGCCGGACGUGCGGGCCUGGGUGACGGCGAGGGAGCCCCACAGCAGCGAGGAGGCGGCUGCGUUGGCUGAAGCCUGCCUGGGGCAGGGGCAGUUGACCCAGCCUGUUCAGGGGCUGGUGACCUUCGAGGAGGUGGCUGUGUAUUUCACAGAGGAGGAGUGGGCUGUGCUGGACCCCAGUCAGAGAGCUUUCUACAGGGACGUCAUGCAGGAGAAUUACGAGAGUGUGACCUCGCUGGCAGGAUUUCUCAUUCCCAAACCCAGUGUGAUCUCCCAGCUAGAGCGAGGGGAAGAGCCGUGGGUCUCGGAUCUCCAGGGCUCCAAGGAAAGGGGGAGCCUGAGAGGUGCCUGCAUAGGAUUUCCAAUUUCCAAGCCUGAUGUGAUUUCCCAGUUGAAAGGGGAGGGUGAGCCGUGGGUCCCCGAUCUGCAUGGCUGUGAUGAAAAGGAGAGCCCGCGGGGCGCCUGUGCAGCAGGUGAGGGCCCGGCCUGUGAAAAUGCUCAACACCAGGGUCCCCAGCAAAUGGAGCUGUGCAGGACGCCGUCCGUGAAAUCCGAAGGGAACGCGUCCUGGACACCGGUGCAGGGGGAGCCGCACCCAACGUCAUCAAUGAAAUGCGAAGGGGGUCAUGAACAGGAGGACGUCUGUGCGAGCUGGGGCGGGUUAGAAGGGCAGGAGGGAGCCCAGCUCAUUUCCCCCGGGGGAGGCAGCGAGGGCCACAGAUACAUCCAGGUCCUGCUGAGCCUCCAGCCGGAGCAGCAGCAGCGGCCGUGCCCCGAGUGCGGGAAGAUCUUUGUUGACGGCGCUCACCUCCUGCGCCACCAGCGGCUGCAUGCCCUGGAGAAGCCCUUCCCUUGCCCCGACUGCUGGCGGGGCUUCCUGCGGCGCUGCGACCUGGCUGUCCACCGGCGCUCCCACACCGGGGAGAUCCCAUUCCCCUGCCCCGACUGCGGGGAGGGCUUCCUGCGCCGCUGCGACCUGGCUGCCCACCGCAAGAGCCACAUGGGGGAGUGGCCCCACCAGUGUCCCAAGUGUGGGCGGCGCUUCCGCAAGCGCUCCGUCCUGGUCAACCACCAGCGCACCCACCUGCAGGACGAUCGCUACAAGUGCCCCGAGUGCGGCCAGGGCUUCAAGUGGCCCGGCCAGCUGGAAAUGCACCGGUACAGCCACAUGGAGGAGAAACGGCACACCUGCUUAAAGUGCGGGGAAAGCUUCAGCCAGCGCUCCCACCUCCUGGCCCACCAGGGCAGCCACCUCGGGGACGCCCCUUACCACUGCGCCGACUGCGGGAAGGGCUUUGCCCAGCACCCAGACCUCAUCCUCCACCGGCGGAGUCACACCGGUGACCGGCCCUUCCACUGCCCCCAGUGCGGCAUCGGCUUUGGCCGCAGCUCGGACCUCAGGAACCACCAGAGCGUCCACGCGGGCCAGCAGCCCCACAAGUGCCCCGCAUGUGGGAAAGGCUUCCAGGAGAGAGCACACCUGGCUGCCCAUCAGAAAAGCCAUGGCGGGGAGGAUUUCUACCUCGGCAUCGCCUCAGUUUGGACAGGGUGAGCGUCAGCUCACCGGUCAGGAGACGGCAGCAGCCGGUCGCGAGUUGGUAGUGACGCCCUGGCUCUGCCUGGCCUAGCAAUCACCAGGUGAAGCCUUGAUCCGCACAGCCAUGUGCUGAGCUGCCACUGGGGAGGGGAUUGUCAGCGAGCCGCCAUGUGCCCGGAAGGCCAUCGCUGUUUGUAUUCGAGUACCAUCUACGCCCCAGCGUGCAUUGAAUAAAAUUCCUGCCAGAAAGCGUGUACCAGCAGUAUCCCUGCUACUAGAUUGAUCUCUGAAGCCCUUGUCUCUAUCGUUUAACUUUGCCAUUCUAACCAUUCAGCCUGUCAGCACUCAUGGUCGGGGCAGCCUCAGCUUGAGGGGCUUGAAACUCUCAAAAAUAAAUCAACUCCAACAGCUUCCUCGUUUUUGAGCCAAUUUGGGAAGAAGGUGUGUUGCCAGGUGAAAGUUUCACCUUUGUUUCACCAAGGUGGUGCAUGCUGUGGAGCAGGGACUUGAAAUUUGGUGGGGGUGGGUCGCCCUCGUGUCUGGACCCUGCUUUUUGCCACCCCUGUAAAAAAAA